AUGCUGGACACCAUCAGCAGCCAGUACGAUUCCUUCAUCUACUGGAGGAUGCCGAUCCCACGGCUGGACGUGGCGGAGCUGGAGGGGCUGGGGCUCAGCGACGUGGCCCUCUACAAACCCAAAGGAGGGCUGGGCAAGCUCGUCGGCGAGCGGGAUCAGGUCAGCCAGGACAUCUCUGAAGAAGAGGACAGUCUGCUGCAGUUCAACAGCUUUAAUUUCUGGAGAGCUCCUAUCGCCAGCAUUAGCUCGUUAGAUUUCGAUCUAAUUUGAAGCCCUCCUUUCUGCCCCUCCUCACCCCCCCCCGCCCUCUCCCUCUCUGCUAGGCAUGCAAGGAUUUGGUUUUGUUGUCGGUUUGGAGGGUGUUUUUUGUGUUUCCGGGCAGUUUUUGACAUCGCUAAUUAACUCAGCAGUUCACCUCGGCCCCGAUGGUGAUGGGCUCCCCGCAAAGCUUCAACCUCUCUCCACCUUCCCCCUCUUUUCUUCCCUUCUUGCAGUAGCGCUGGAACCACCACGGUUGGUGCAAGCAGGGGGUAACAGCACAGGGGGCAAAUAGGAGGGGAGAGGGCAGAAAGAGC